AUGUUUAAAACAGAAUGUAAAGGCACCUACUUCUGUAGCAAACACCUAAACCCUCUGGAACUCGAGAAAAGCUCUUGGAGUCCUUGUACAAUCCCAUGCUGCGUAGUCUGUGCUUUGAAAGAACAGGGAGUCAUUUAUACGAUAGAAAGCAAUCAAGAAAACACAGCAAGACAUUCAAGUGACGUCGUCCAGGGUGCUAGGGAAACUGUCGAGCUGAUUAAUGAAUCAGGAACUAAAACUUUGGCUUGUUCAAAGCUUCAGAGAAGAGAUACAAGCAACAAAGACUUAGGAAUCAUUAAUGCUACAUUCUCAAGUUCUAGGAACUAUAAGAAAAGUGAGCAUUUUGAGAAGGAGAAGUCGUUGACAGACAGCAGUCAAAACCAAGAAGAAGCCGGAAAAGAGGACCAAAGUUUGACAACUUCAAAGAUCCAUGCAAAAAAGAGCUCUUUCUUCCAGCCUUCGAUUCAGGAUGAAGAAGGAUUAAGAUUUCUAGGAACUGUAAAUGAAACUUUUCAUGAGAUUGAUUCCAGCGAGCACAACCAUACUUUAGAGGCCUACAGAAAGUUACACUCAACACUUCCCAAAAGAGAGUGCCAGAAAGUGAAUUCGCAAAUUUAUAAUAAAAAUAUAUUGGAAGGUUUAGUUUUGAACGAUUUACCACAGUUAUCUACUAUUGAGAAAUUUUCCAGUGUUUUGCAGUCUGUUAUGGAAGGUAUAGAAAACUGCUCUGAUCUUGCAACAAAUCUCACAUCUGAUACUCAUAAAAAUCUUGCUGCAAAUCCAACAGAAAUGUCAGAGGAUUUCGUCCCAGCUUCGAACGAUGCUAUGAUGGCGAGCUAUUCUUCUUUCUCUUUUGGUGAAGAUUACCUUGGAAGUUCAUUCAAAAAAUUGGAUGACCCGGAAGAAAAGCCUGUUAAAAUAUUCGACUUUGCAGCAGAGGAAUCUGAAAGAAUAACCGAACAUCCUGAAGAAAAGGAAUGGAGAGAGAGGAGAGAGAGAGACUCGAAAGCAGAAGAGAAGCUUCAAAUUGACAAUGACGCCAAAUCUUCCAACAAUAACACGAUGAAAAUAGGUGAAUCAAAAUUUGAAAGAAACUUCGAAUCGCCGAAGGAAUUUAAUAAAAUGGAGCCUCUAGGCACCCCGGGGAAUAGUGGAGGCUCACACCGAGGAAGCUCUAGCUCUAAAGCAGAACCUCACGACGUAAAGGAAUCCAAUGCGCGGGUACACAAGCAAAACGGCGUAAGGAGAAAUGUGUCUACUAAGACAGAUCGGGGGUUCAAGUUCUUCAAGAGAAAAAUAUUUUCCAAGAGUAUGAAGAACAGUUCUACAAAAAACAAAAGUGAAGGCAAAGGUUCACCCUCGUUGGAAAGUUUUGAUGGCGUUAAGCUCACGAGUAAAGCACUCGAGAAGGAAGAUGGUGACAAGAAGGUUGUUAGUGAUGCUCCCAGUCGUAUCACUGAGCUUGAAAACACGAUCAAGCAGUUGGAAAACGAGAAAAGUAAUUUAGAAGGAGAGAAACUAGACCUAAUGAAUGCACUAAGUAACAUUUGGAUCGAAAUGGAGGAUUUGAAGAAUUCCUUCGAUAAGGAUCAAGGAAAUGUGGACAUCGUAAAGCCCUUGAAGGAAGACAAAACUACUAUAGUAUCUUUUCAAGAGAUUGGUCAUGAUGAGGAUAGCUCUGAUGUAAACAAGAAUAAAACUUCAUCCUUUAGAAAAAGACACGAAUUGUGUCAUCAAACGCAGGAAGAGCAAAGUAAAGUGGAUUUGGAAAAUCAGAUAAGGGCACUUAACACAAAAACCUCGCAGAGUGAAACUCUUCAGUCGCUUAGGAUUAAGCUGAGCGUCAUCAAUGAAGAUAAAGAAAACCUAUCGAGAAAAUUGAACGAAAUGUUCGAGAAAAAUAAAGUCCUGGAGGAGAAUCUCCAAAAGAUAUCUGGAAAGACAAGUCCAGAGGUCGAUAAGAUUCUGGAAGAGAAUCUAUCUUUUCGAUCUCGUUUGGAAAGCUUAUCUAGGGACAAACUCCUGUUGGAAAAGAAUAACCAGAAAUUGAAAAUUGAGAAAAAGAAACACAAGCUUAUGAAACUGCAAAUCCAAAAAGGAUGCGAGAAUCUGAUACACAGGAUUAAUGAAGUCCUACAAACAACACACGCCGAGAAAGUGAAUGCAAUUCCUCUCCAGCUGAAAAGCAUUCCUACCUCGUCCAAAAACAACAAGUCGUCCUUCGAGAAGUUUUCGGCGACUUCUGAGAUGUCUUCGAACGUUGACAAAGAUGGUAAUUCAGUGGAGCAAAUUGCAAGAAAAUUAGAGAGGACGAAUAGUAUUGACAGUGAAGUUCGAACACGUAAAAAGAUUAUGAAAGAAUUUGAAACAUCCAGUCGUGAUGGGAGAGAAGAAAGACCACCUGCAACUGUACGACGUGCUGAAACUUUAAAUUCUAAAUCUUUCAACAGCGAUUUUACAGACGGAAAAAUAAAAGAGAUGAAAGUAAAUAGAUUUCCUCCUACCCAAUCUUCAAGAGGAGAUAAACCUCGGAAAGAUUUGAAAUCUUCGAGUGCAAAUGAAAUUGGCUUCCGUUCGACAGUGCCAUCAGAUAUUCAAGCACCAUCACUGAGGUCAGUCACAGAAAAUGAAGCUGAUCCUUGUUUGAAGUUUUUUGAGCAUCUUGAAGCCAAAUGCGUGUUGCUUUUGGAGAGGUUUACAGUAUUAAAUGGAAAAGUUGAGUGGCUUGAGAGGAAUGGUGAUAUCUAUGAAUCAAUGUCGCCACAGGGAACAUAUAACGCAAAUACACAGCAAUCCUCACCGGAUGAAGCAGCCAGCCUUGACAACGUGUCAACCCAAAACAAUCAAAAAGAUACGGUUCUGUUAUCGUGUCUGAGUAAUCUGCAGAAAGAAAAUGACAACCUUAAGCUUGAUAACCUACAGUACGAGUCGCUGUUCGCAAAUAUGCAAAACAAGAGGAAUGAAAAUCUGAGUGAAAGAAUGGAAGAUGAAGUCACGACUCGACGAGCUGAAAAAGAUCUACACGAUCUUGAAAUCCGUGUUGUUCCUGAAAGAGACGUUGAGCUGCAAGAAAACAUGGUGGAAAGUGAUGAAAACACGGCCUACAUGAGGGACAACGGAGAAAUCACAACGGAACUGAAUCAUUCCAAUAACGACUUUUCUGACCAUCAACUGAAAGAAGAAGAAGACAUGAGUUCGUGGCAUCGUAAGCAUUCUAAAAAGGAGAGUUCAAAGGCACUCCAUCAGAACCAAAUAGUCCCUAUGAAGAUAAGACAAGCCACAUCGCUUGGACAGCUUCCCAACCUGCAGGAUACGUUGCCCAAGACAGAAGGGGACGUGUAUGCCAAAUGUGGUGACACCAAUACUGACAGACAAGCAAAGGGAAAACCCAUUUUGAGAGCUCUAAGCUUAGGUGAAGGCAAAACUGUAAGUUCAAGACUGGCCCACCAACCAACUCAUCCAACAAAUGAAAACCUAAUUAAUACAAGUCCAGAAAACAGUCUGCAAAAACAUGACCAAGAAACCAUCAUUGCUCCUGACAAUGUACCCAACGAUGACCCGGUCCUAAACUCGCAGGAAAGAUGCUGCCAGUCGUUCAAACUUAAUGGUAAUCAUCAUGAAAAUUGUAGCUUUAUAUUGGCCCGUUUGAAGAAGAUGACGCCUGUCGACGAAGCCAACACUACAGCACCUCCGAAAACGCGCGAAAACAAUAAAACAUUAAAGAAAGCGAUGUCUACGUAUGGUAGCCGUGAUUGGGGAUACAAGGUCCACUAUGUGUAG